AUGACAAAGUUUCGGCCUUGUAUAGAUCUCCACUCAGGCUCGGUGAAGCAGAUUGUGGGUGGCACUUUGACAACAGACGUUGCUGGCCUUAAGACGAAUUUCACGUCCGAGCACCCGGCAGCGUACUAUGCCUCCUUGUAUGAAAAACACAGUCUCACGGGCGGCCAUGUAAUUAUGCUAGGGCCAGGCAACGAUGAAGCCGCUCGCGAAGCACUCUCGGCCUGGCCAGGUGGCAUGCAAGUAGGUGGCGGCAUCAAAGACGGUAACGCGAAGACGUGGAUAGAUGCUGGGGCGGAGAAGGUCAUCAUAACAUCCUUCCUCUUCCCAUCCGGCAUCUUCUCUCAAGACCGUCUCCAAUCCGUCCUCGACGCCCUAUCCGGCGACAGUAGGAAACUGGUCAUAGACCUCAGCUGCCGUCGAGUCGGCGACGGCUGGCGCGUGGCAAUGGAUAGAUGGCAGACCAUCACCAGCUUCGAAAUCAACCGCGGUGGGCAAUACCCUUCCUCCUACCGACCGAACCCCACUAACCCUCCCCCAGAAAAUAUCGCCCUCCUCGAACCCUACUGCAGCGAAUUCCUCAUCCACGCCGCCGACGCCGAAGGCCUCCAAGCCGGCAUCGACGAAGACCUCGUCAGCCUGCUGGCGGAAAUCUGCUCUGUUCCCGUCACCUACGCCGGGGGCGGACGCAGCAUCGAGGACUUGGAGCUCGUCGAGCGGCUGAGUGGCGGUAAAGUUGAUCUCACGAUUGGCAGUGCGCUGGAUAUCUUUGGGGGAAGGGGUGUCACGUUUGAGGCCUGCUGCCGCUGGAACGACGCACGGAGGGGUGGUGUGUGA